UGAAGCAUAAACCUAUUCACACAGGUGAGAAGCCACAUUAAUGUGGGAAACCUUUCAUCUCCCAGUCAUAUCUCACUGUGCACCAGAGAACUCACAAAGGUGAAAAAUCAUAUGAAUCUACUACAUGUGGAUGGCUUUCAUUAUCAAAUCAAUUCUUAAUAAGCAUCAGAGAGCUCCCAGAUGUGAAAAGACACAUGAAUGUGCUGCAUGUGGUAAAGCUUUCAUCUCCAAGUCAUAUCUCACUAUUCAUCAUAGAACUCACACAGGUGAAAAGCCAUAUGAAUGUACUGCAUGUGGGAAAGGUUUCAUCUCCAAGUCACAGCUUACUAUCCAUCAGAGAACUCACACAGGUGAAAAGCCAUAUGAAUGCACUGCAUGUGGGAAAGCUUACAUUACCAAGUCAGAUCUUAAUAAGCAUCACAGAAAACACGUAGGUGCAAAGCCAUAUGAGUGUACUCUAUGUGGUAAAACUUUUACCUUAAAGACACAGCUCACUGUGCAUCAGAAAAUUCACACAGGUGAAAAGCCAUAUCAAUGUACUCUAUGUGGUAAAGCUUUCAUCUGCAAGUCACAUCUCACUAUCCAUCAGAGAACUCAAACAGGUGAAAAACCAUAUGAAUGUACUGCAUGUGAAAAAGCUUUCAUUUCCAAAUCAGAUCUUAAUAAGCAUCAGAAAACUCACAGUGGUGCAAAGCCUUAUGAAUGUACUCUGUGUAGUAAAGCUUUCAACUUUAAGUCACAUCUCACUGAGCAUCAGAAAACUCACACAGGUGAAAAGCCAUAUGAAUGUACUGCAUGUGGCAAAGCUUUCAUAACCAAGUCAUAUCUUAACAAACAUCACAGAAACCACACAGGUGAAAAGCCAUAUAAAUGUGCUGAAUGUGGUAAAGGUUUCAUUUACAAAAUACAUCUCACUAUCCAUCAGAGAACUCAUACAGGUGAGAAGCCAUAUGAAUGUAUUGAAUGUGGCAAAGGCUUCAUCUGCAAGUCAUUUCUCACUAUACAUCAGAGAACUCAUUCAGGUGAGAAGCCAUAUGAAUGUAUUGAAUGUGGCAAAAGCUUCAUCUGCAAGUCAUUUCUCACUAUACAUCAGAGAACUCACACAGGUGAAAAGCCAUAUGAAUAAGUGUGGGAAAGCGUUUAAUGUUAAGUCAAAUCUUAAUCAACAUAAGAGAAGACACAAGUGAAAAGUUACAUGAACAUGUUGAGUGUAGGAAAGCUUUCAGGUUUGAAUUCACAACUCACUAUGCUUCAGAGAACUCACAUAGGAAACAAUCCAUGGAAUAUAAUGAAUGUAGAAAUACAGUCAAUUCCCUGUCACAGGUCACUGUGCAUCAGAGAACUAAUAAC